GGGUUUUGUAGUCAAUUUACUCAAAAUUAGACAGCCAUGCUUGAACUUUCAAAUGUACUCGGCCCUACAUAUUUAAAGACAAACCCCGCGAAAGACAUGAGCAGUGCAUAACUCUAGCAUUACCCGCCCAAAAUGUCAGACUCAGUGGCUCACCAAAUCUCCCUCUUUCGCUCUCUCAUUCUCAGCAGAAGGCUCGACGGCGCCGCGCUGCGAAUCAUCGAAUCAGUCAUGGUUUCCAAAGACGUCAGAUCAUCAUCAGUGGCGAUUCGAUCGAGCUUGCGCGAUUUCAUUAGGUUUGAAUCUAUUUCUAUUAUGCGUGAGAACGCGGAAAAACCUGUGGAGAAGAAGCUUCUGGAUCUCGAUUUUCUUGUCCGAGCUUUCGCUCUUUUAGGUGAUGUCGAGAAUUGUUUGGCUUUGAGGUACGAGGCCUUGCUUUUGAGGGAUUUCAAGUCCACAAGUUGCCAGUGGCUUGAGGUUUCACAUAUGGAAUGGUUAAACUUUGCCGAGCAAUCACUGGAUUACGGUUUUAAUUCCAUUGCAAGAAAGGCAUGUGAAAAUGCACUUUUGUGCUUCCAAAAGGCUUCUAAAACAAAUUUGGAGACUACUGAGUUCUUUGAAGGUGUGAAAAUUAUUGAAAAGAUAAAGAGACUCAAGGAUUGCGCCAUGACUUCAGCUGUUUCACGUUCUGGUAUGACCUAUUGGAGUCUUCAUUGCUAUUCAUACGGCAAGAUCUGUUUGAUUCAAAUUUCAAUUUAAAAUAUAAGAUGCAGAUUAGGUGACUGUGAUGCUACACUCUUCGAUUGUGGGUCUAUGCUUAGGUUAACUUACUCCAUUAAUAUUAAUAUGGUGAAAUCUACCUGUGUCCAUCAAUACCAUAUAUAAUAUAAAUGACAAGCAUAGCAAAAUUAUCAGUAUUCA